AUGAGUCAAACGCAAAGUACAAGCGAAGUCGGACAAGUAAAUAAAAAAAAAAAAAAACCCAUUUGAUUUUAAAUAUUUAAAUUGACGUAACCCAUUUUGUUGUUACGACACUCUGAUAAUUACGAUAUUCUGCCAUUCCGAAAAAUCAUGUGAUACGUAUAAUAAUAUGAGGUAUAGGUACUUGAUAUUAGUAUAUCCGAUAGCUUAUUCGAGCACAACUUUACGUUUGUCGUGAAUUUGCCAUCGUUAAAAUAGUUCGCGAACGACGUGCGGUAUGAAAUCCUUUGCUGUUUAAGAAUUAAUUUUUAAAUUUUCAGCGGAGUGAGGUCGGAUCAUCUUAAUCGGGUAUUUUUUUUUAUUGAUGGUAACUAGGUAUUUUUUUUGUUUUACUUACUUUUUUUUUUUUUUUAAAUACUUCUAAUACGGAAAUGUCGUUUUUGUUCACAGAAGCCGACAAAGAUAAAAAUCGAUAAUUACGAAAUCAACUACUCAAAAAUCGGGAAUGGACCGCACGUCCUGUUACUGUGUCCCGGCUUAUUAGGUAGGGGUGGCUUAUCAUAUCGCGUUUGUCCACAGUAUAAUAAUAUUCGUGAUAGAAAGUGAACGGGCUGACACCUGAAAACAUUGGCGAGAAACUCUAUAACAGGGCUAUUCUUCAGUUGAUUACUAUAUAAAUUAAAUUUCACAAUCCGCUUUUUCUUAACAGUUAUGCCUCGUUAUGGCCCCGUUAUUAAAUGCGACUACAACGCAUUUAAUAACGAGCGUUUUACAAGUGCCUGUGUUAUUUUAAACAAACAAAAAAAUAACAACAAUUGUAAUACAUUUUUUUUAAAAAUAUCCAUUGAACAAUUUUACUAUAUUAUUUCGUGGUAAAGUGUGAUCGGUAGUCUGGAUAAAGGGAAAUUAAGACGACCGCAUAGAUAACGGAAAAGUACCUGGUGUAUUCACGACCUACGACGUAAAUUACAAUAUUAUAAUUAUUCGUAUUCUGUCUAGGCGAUAUCGACAACUUCACGCUGAUUAUCGAUAAUUUCGAUCGCGAAAAAUAUACGAUGGUCUCGUGGGAUCCUCCGGGUUACGGCCUAAGCCGACCUCCGGACAGAGAAUUUCCGCUAGACAACAUGCAUCGGGACGCCGACCUGGCCAUCUCACUCAUGGAAGUAAUGGUUUACAAUAUAUUAUCACAGAAUUAUUAACUAAGUAUAAAUAUGAAAAAAAUAGAAUAGAUUAUAGAACCUGGAUAUUAAACAAUCACAAGACAAUGUAGAGUGAGAACAAUGAAAAACCAUAAUUUCUCUCAUUCUGUUUUAACACCGCCAUUUGUUUAAACCAAUAAUACUCCACCUAUACGUACAUUUUCUAAUUUAGGUUGCCGGUUGAAAAUCAAAAGUGGGUUGUAGUUUUACCGCCAAAAAUAAUGGUAACAAAAAAAUAGCUUGAACCUAAAAUUGUAGAGCUGUUUGUUUCUUAAAUAAAACAAAUUGCGAAAAAAGUCAAUACUUCUCGAGAAGAUGGCUGAAAUAGAUACCCACUUAAUUGGACCAACUUGAAGUACUUUAAAUAAAACCGAAUUUCUAAAUUAAAUAGGUACCUUCAAAAAUUAAGUAACUUCAUUUCGUCCAAUCAGAUAAUUUGACUAUAACUCCUAUAUAGUAACUAUUCGAAUCAUGACAUAAAACUAUUUGUUAAUAAUUUUCGAGUGAUUUUCGAAUCAUAUUAACGUUGUUUUAGAUUCUGAGUGGAAAGGAGAAGCGUAUAGUUUUACAAAGACGUUACUUAUUAAUUUUUUUUUUUAUCUCUGUGCAACAUUUCUACCGGAAGACUUUCUCGGAUUUCUACGUGUAGCACUUUUUCUGAGAGAAAACCGACAUAGAGAGGUAAUUUUUCGGUUUUCUCAAGAAUUUUUCCAGUAAAUGUGAAAAACCGGGACAAAACAUGGGAAACCCGGGAAAAACGUAGGUAAACUGGGAAAAUUGGUACGACAUUAAACAAAUAUUAUUAAAAAAAGUACAUAAAACCUAUUUAAUUAUUUUACCAGAAGAUGAUAUAUGUAAUGUUGACAAAACAUCACUAUCAAAACUAUUGAACUCCGCUCAGAAUCGUUAUUUUGGUAAACAAUUGUUUAUCGUUGCUUACAGGUAUACAUAUUAAAUUAUCCAUAACAGUGGCUGCACCCGUCCCCAUUAUCCUAGGACGUCUUUUUUAAUUUUUUUUAUAUCACACCAUUUAGCAAUAAUCACGAUACGGUCAUACACUUGUUUCAAUUCAAAUCGAUUCCAACGGGCGCCGACUGAUGUUACUGAAUGUUACCAUGACCAAACGAAAUGAACGAUUAUGAUGUUCAUGGUUAUUGAUAAACCAAUGAUUAGAUAUCUAGCCGGUACUUUGUUUUCAUUAUCAGCUAAUAUUAUCGGUAAUAACCGUAAACAUUUCGUUUUCGCGAAUCUAUUAACCAAAGUCAUACGACCGCAACCGGGAUCAAUCGCCAACACGCGUUUAAUAAUUAUUAUUGAAACGCGCGUUCGCGCCGUUUUCACAGGCGCUGCACGUCGACGCGUACUCGGUGUUAGGGUGGUGCGACGGCGGCACUACGGCGCUAAUCGUAGCCGCGUCCCGCAGGACGGCCGGCCGAUUGCGCAAGGCGGUCGUCUGGAGCUGCAAGGCGUUCGUGACGGCCAGAGACGUGGAGAUUUACGAAGCCAAACGGGACGUGGCAGAGUGGCCGGCGCUGCCGCGGCAGUGUAACGUGGAAAAGUACGGACUGCCGUAUUUCCAGCGCGUAGUCCACGCGUGGGUGGACCGGUACCAGUGGCUGUUGCACCGAAACGCCGGCGAGAUCAUCAGCCGGCGAGAACUGGCCGACAUCAGCGUGCCGACGCUCGUACUGCACGGCGGCCAGGACGCGCUAGUGCCCGCCGAACACGCCUCGUUCCUGCACCAAAACAUCGGCAACUCGUCGUGAGUAACACGCAAUAAUAUAAAGAGACUCGUGUUUGAUGAGUGGACAAUGUUAAAUUUAGGUUGUCAUUAAAAAAAUCAAAAACAAGUAGUGGUUUAACCCUUAAAAAUAAGAGCGAUAAAAAAAUACCGUAAAUGUAAAAUUGUGCAGAGCAACUUCUUUCUCAGAUAUUCUAUAAAACAAAUUCUAAAAAAAUUGUAUACUUUCCUAGGUAAUCAGUGUCUUACAAUAGAUUGAUCACUCUGUAUAUACUGUAAAAUAAUUGUUUUCGGAUUCGGAUUUAUUUUUGAGAGCCUGGCAUUCCUAAUCAUUAGCACAACUAGAUCAACAAAUUUCGGGAUACUUAAAUUAUAUAUUUUUUUACGAAAGGAAAUUUUAUCUUGGUAAUACUUUAGGACGGUCAUUUUUUAUUUUUCAAGUGUUAAACCCGGCCAAUAAAUAUAUUACUUUCAAUUUUGUUAUUUGUUCUCAUUUUGUUAAAAAUAUUCGCAAAGACUUAUAAUUAGGACAGAAAACUUAUAUUUAACUUAUAUAUAUAUUGAAAAUAAAUUAGCCAUUUUUGAGCUAUUUAUAGACAUAAUAAUUUUUUAAGUUUUUUACAUAAAUUUAAAUCGGUAGGUACUCUGUGGGUAUAAUUUUUAGAUAAAAUAGAAAUGAUUGAAAACUCAACAGGAGGUUAAUUAUAAUGUGCGGUAAAAAAAUUAAAUAUAUGUAAUGAAAUUGAAGGAAGAUUACUAGUAGAAAAUAUGUUAUACCCGGUGUAAAAAAAAAAAAAUGAACAUCAUUCAAAAAAUUCGUAUUGAAUGUAAAAAUUGAUUAGAGUUUCGUGGUAUUUUUUAAAUUUUGUUUGUGGUUUUAUAAUAAUGUAUGUAAGUGAUAAAUUAUAAUUACUAUUCUUGUUAACAAUAAUUGAACAUUUUAAACUCUAGUCGGCAAAUUUAAAGACUACAUCCUGUUAGCACCUCUAUUAUUAAAAUAAGAAACUGUACAUUUCAUUUAUAAUUCUUUUUACAAAAAUGUAUCAUAGCUUUUAGUUUCAGAGAGGAGUGAAGGAUAGUGGCGUAUUUAGGUGGAGCUGAGGCGGACAAAUGCACUGAACAGCGAUUUUUUAGGGUGCAUCAAAUUUGAGUGGGUGCUUUUUUUUGAUUCAAAACGAAACGUGAAAUGUAUUGGUUUUACGACAAUAUUAUUUUUUUUUUUUAUUUUCGUGAACAACUUUCCUGAUAAGAAAUUUUACCUUGGUGGUACUUUAGGGAAGUAAUUUUUUUUAUUUUCCAAGCGUUUUUCAUAAUAAAUGGGAAAACUCGACAUUUGUCUUUUGUCAAUGAUGUAAAGUAACUUGUGUCUGUUAUUAACUGCCAAGUGAAAAUGUGAUACCGAAUUACCAAACGUUAAUUGUAUUUUCUUUGGGUCUUGUUCAAUUAUGAAAGUGACAUUAUUUUUAUUGAAUGGCUUACAGUUUUUAAUAUGAUGUAAGUGUAAACGUUUUGCCAAUUGCUUUGGCAACGAUUAAAUUGAAUUCCAAACGUUUGAACUAAUUUUAAAUUGGGAGAUGCUGAAAACUCCCUGUCGCGCUGCUCUUGUUGCACAUUUACCCCUACUCCGUAAACGGAGUCAAUGAGUUUAUACCGCGCCGAAAUGUAUAGAACGACGCCCAAUUUGUCCGUCGAUCACGGCGAGCAAUUAUAAUAAUCGAUUUGGUACCUUUUUUCCAAUGUCUUUUUCGUCGCCUUUUCAGACUCGAAAUAUUUCCAGAAGGCAAACACACACUUCACUUCCAGAUGGCUGAAAAAUUCAACGCAACUGUGGAGAACUUUCUCGCAACAACCUAA